AUGCUUCGUCCGCAGGCUCUGUGUGUCCUGUGCGGCUACUUCUGCGACAAGGCUUCGUCGGACGGAGACGGCCACGCGGCAAAGCUUGCCGAGACCAUCUCAGGGUGGUUCUGGCCGGUCCACGGACGCACUGCGCUCCCGCCGGUCCGGCAGCACAUGGAGGUCUUCGCAGUGAGGAUGUGCAGGGCGUACCCGGACUUGUUCUUGACAGCUGUGGUCAAGGAGCUCAAGGAUUUCCGCCUUCCUGGCCAAGUCCUGUGCAGCCUCCUGAUCAUCACAGGGCACACCCUCAUCGGAAACGAAAGCGGUCUGUCUGCGCGGCACCGUGUACUCAUGUUCCGGGCGUGUCUCCCGUGGGUGGUAGGGACUCACGUGAUGGGGAGGCUGAUAGCCCAGCUUGUCUGCCACUCCGUCCUGCCCGAGUUCGCUGCUGCUGCUGCUGCUGGGAGGGGGGGAGACAAUGGUGAUGGUGGUGGUGGUCUUGAUGGUGGUGCGACCAGGAUCGUCCACGGGGAGCCCCACCUGCAGGCGCUGUUCGAUUUCCUGCACGAUAAUCCGGAGAUGCGGCAGCUAGAGGCCUUCGGCCAAACCGACUGCGACGCGUUGUGCACCGUGGAAGGGAUGCUCGAGGCCCACGGCACCGGAGCCGCGGGCGAAAUCACCCCUACCCACAUGUGCGAGCUGUUCAAAGAGACCAUGGAUGAGAUCUGGAACGAAGCGCUCCUUGACAAAGUCCAGGUCCUUGAGGACGGACGGGCGUGGCUACAGACUGCGGCUGCGGUUGACAGCGGGGCGUGGUUCGAGGAAGAGGGAGGACGAGCAGGAGCAGGAGCAGCAGAUGGAGUAGGCGAGGAGGCUGGGCUUUCUCUCAAGAGCGGCGGCGGUGGCGGUGGGGACAGCAGCCACAUACAGCAGAAGAUCAUCCCGUGGGAUACUCUGGACCUGACGGUCGCGUCCGCGACCUCAGCGUCCUUGGAGCAAUCCACCGCUGCGGGCAGGGUCAGGCAGCCGGUGAUCAUGUGCGCCUCUCUCGUUGAUAAGGUUCCGAACAUCGCGGGGUUAGCACGCACGAGCGAGAUCUUCGCCGCAACGAAGCUCGUCGUUCCGGACCUUCGGGUCAUGAAAAGCCCCGCCUUCACCAAGAUUUCCACGGGAGCCGAGCAGUGGCUGCCCGUCGAGGAGGUCGGCGAGGAGCAGCUGGUGGCGUGGCUCCGCAGGGUGAAGAAGAGGCGGGCGGGGGGAGGGGGGCAUGUGCUCGUCGGGAUCGAGCAGACCAACAACAGCAUUUGCCUCACCAAGAUUAAGUUCCACCGACACCUGGCCUACACCCUGGUUCUCGGCCGGGAGAACUCGGGGUUGCCCCUGGACGUGAUCGGCGAGAUGGACGUGUGCUGCCAGAUCCCGCAGCAGGGCGUGCUACGCUCGCUGAACGCCCACGUCUCGGGAGCGAUCAUCUUGGCCGAGUACUCUCGCCAAAUGUUGGUGGAUUCUUAGGAAGUACACGCAUACAUGCAGGAGGGGUGGGUAGGGUGCCUCACGGGGAGGAAUCCCUCUGUGUGACCAUGACCACUGAUUGGAGCAGGGGAGCGACGGUACCUCCUACCCGGCAGAAAUACAUCCCUGUGAGCGAUAAUAUGAAACGAGUGAAAAAAAUAAAUAAAUGGUUGGAACACAAACCGUUCGAUAUUUUAUUGUGCCCUGUUUACGAAGGAAGGCAUGUGUUGGAAUCUUUACACUGUGAGCAUUGAGGGACAUUUGGUGGAUUCUGGAACGUUUUUUCUUACCGUUGGAACAGCUUGCGGACAGACAGGCGGAAUGCACCGGACGCUGUGAUCUUUUCUUUUUAACUGCCCGACCGCAGCGAACUGUUCCUAGGAGAAAGCAAAUGGAGUAAAACACUCAACAAGAAUCGCCACUCCGAUGGGCCACCCGUACGUACUCCAUGAGAGAGGGCAUUAAGAGAGAGGCAUUAAGUGCCCG